AUGGUAGCUGGAAAAAAAGAGGAUUUCGGAGAUGAGUUAAGGCAUCAAUGGAACCGGUGUAACGCAAUUGUUCAAGGAUGGAUCAUGAGUUCUGUGACUCAGGAAUUACACACAGGCAUAGUUUAUGCAACCAGUGCAAGAGCAGUCUGGGAAGAUCUUCGGGAGCGUUUUGACAAGGUAAAUGAAUCUCGGAUUUAUCAAUUGUAUAAAGCUAUAGCCAUGAAUGUACAAGAUUUUUCUAUGCAUUUGGAAAGACAAAAGCUAAUGCAAUUCUUGAUGGGCUUAAAUGAGAACUAUGAUCAAUCACGCAGUCAAAUCUUAAUGAUUGAGCCCACUCCUAACAUCAACAAGGCAUAUGCCAUGCUUGUUGAACGAGAGAUUCAGAGAUCUAUGGAAUCUUCUUCUUUACGUGGUGAAGGUACAGAUCUGGCUGCUCUCAUGGCAGGGAAGGGGAUGUCUCAUAAAUACAACAGGGGAACUGUUCCACAAAAUUAA